GAGAAGUGGAGAAACCAGUUUAAAUCCUGUCUCUGCAUAGGAACAACUAAAAGCCACUAAAAGAGAAGUUAAGAAUCAAGAGAGCACAAGACAACAUAUCGCCAUGCAGAGCCCAGGGUCUAGAGGCCGUGCGUUGUCAGAAGAGCAGUUUUCAUGCUCCAUUUGUCUAGAGAUAUUUGUGGAGCCUGUCUCAACACCAUGUGGACAUAGCUUCUGCAAGGCCUGUCUUCAGGGCUACUGGAACCACAGCAAAAAGAUUGUGUGCCCCAUGUGCAAGAAGACCUUCUCCAAAAAGCCAGAGCUAUGUGUGAACCGUGUUCUUGCUGAGAUCGCGCAGCAAUUCCAGGGCCUUUCAGUUGCUGAAGGGGCGGGCUCACCAAGAUUGGAAAAAAAAGACGAAGAAAGCAGUGAGUUUGCCAAACCUGGUGAUGUGCCCUGCGACGCCUGCAUUGGGAGAAAGAUGAAGGCCCUGAAGUCUUGCCUAAGCUGCCCAGGGUCCUUCUGCGAAGCUCACCUACGGCAUCACAGGAAAAUCAAGACCAUGGCAAAUCACAAGCUGGUGGAACCCAUCCUCCACGUGCAGGAGAAGGUGUGUAAGAAGCAUGAGCGCCUCUUGGAUGCCUACUGUCGUAAGGAGCAUGUGUGUGUGUGCCGGGAGUGCGCUGAGGUUGAACAUAGGGCACACAGUAUAAUCUCAGUGGAUCGUGAAUAUAAGAAGCUAUCGAGUCAACUGGGGACGAAGCGAUCUGAGCUGAAACAUCUGAUUAAAGAGCGAGUCAAGAAACUAGAAGAGAUCAGGCAAUCCAUUGCAGUUAUCAAUUCAAGCAGCCAGCGGGAGAUCGAGGAGAGCUGGGCUGUGUAUGCUGAGCUACAGAGGCUGCUGGAGCAGAGUCAGGGCCAGCUGGUGGAGCACAUCACACUCCGGCAGAAGCUGGCCGAGGAGCAGGCACGAGAUAUGGCCAGCUGUCUGGAGCAAGAGCUUAACACGCUCAGAAACAGGAGCUGCGACCUGGAUGCUGUCGCUAACACCCAGGACAAAGUGCACUUCCUUCAGCUCUUGGCCAAUCUCCCUCCCCCACCUGAACCGACUGAUUGGUCAGGUGUGUCUGUGAACACUGACUUACACAUGGGCACUAUCAGGAAGUCUGUCUCUGAGCUCGUUGAGAAGUUCCAGGAUGAAGUGAAGCGCCUCUAUGGGAAAGAGCUGAGAAAGAUGCAGAAUUAUGCAAGUGAGGUGCUUAUGGACCCAUCCACAGCACAGCGAAACCUGGUUGUCUCUGAGGAUGGCCAGCAUGUUCAUUACGAAGAGGGCCGUAAAGGCUCAUCUCAAUCAGACAACCCACGGCGCUUCAGCCCGGCUCUGUUUGUUCUCGCUCGUGAAGGCCUUUCCUCUGGCAGGCACUAUUGGGAAGUUAGCUUGGGAUGGAAGACAGCAUGGACCCUAGGAGUGGCUCGAGCAAAUGCUCGUCGCAAAGGAGACAUUCGUCUCAAUCCUGAAGGUGGCUUCUGGUGCUUAUGGCUGAAAAACAAUGAGGUAAAAGCUCUGGCCUCCAGCAGGAUUGCCCUCAAGCUGCCCACACUGCCACAGAAGGUGGGUGUCUACUUGGACUACGAGGGAGGGCAGGUGUCCUUCUAUGAUGUAAAGGCACAGUCUCACCUCUACACAUUCAUGGACAUGUUCAGUGAUAGUGUGUACCCCAUCUUCAGCCCAUGCGCCAAUCAAGAUGGAACGAAUGGAGGAGCGCUGUCCAUCACAUCUGUAAAGCAUAGCUAAAGCAGCAUGGCUGUUUGCUACAUAUGUUUUAAAACUUGCCUGAUUCUCAAAUACAUUCCUCAAAUAUCACAUCAUAGUUUUAAUCAUUGGUGGAUAAGGGAAAAUGAAAUUCUGUAUAAACAAUAAUGAUACUACAUGAUUGUACUUUGAUUAAUACUUCAUUAGCUGAAUUUUGGAAAACUAGACAAUAUUAUUUACAACAAUUGGGUUUUGAGGAAAAAAAUCCACCAGUAAUAUGUUUUGAUAUCUUUAUUUUAAGAAAACAAAUAUACUCUCACAAAAUUACAUUAUUUGAAAUGAAAUUAUUUUACUUCAGCUCCUUUCCAACCUUGAAAUGGCAAUCUGCUUGCAAGCUGAAGUGAUGAACUCAUUUAACAAACACCACAGUGAAAAGAUUUUCCAACAGUUUAUAAGGUUUUUUUUUCUUCUUCACAACAUGACAUCAGUGCCAAUCAAUUCAGUUUAAAAUCAGAUUCUGGCUCAGUUUCCAGUUUUCAUAUUUCCAUUGUAAACUUACAAUUCUUAAAAGUUUGUCAGCAAUUUUUUUCUGGAGUAAGUUUUAAGUUAUAAAUGUACAGCUCACACUUGUACGUGUUGUAUUUUGUAAAUGCACUGUACUUGCAGUUUUGUGACUGUGAUAUGGUUAAAUGCAAUAUCACUGGAAUUACAUUUUUAAAUGCAUUUCCCGCCCUUUUAAUGUUUGGGGGUAACUACAUAUUAAAAUGCAAGAACUUUAUUUGUGAUUGACCUCAUGCAGAAGAAAAACAUAUGUUAGGUCAACAAAGCUUGUAGUUUUCAGAGUAUAGUAUAGUUAAAAAAAAGAAAAAAAAAAGAAAAAAGACCAUAUGAAGGGUUUCCUCAAGCUGCUGCACAAAUAAAGGUGCUGUGGUCAUAUGAACUUUAUUUCUGACAUGGACUGAACAUACAGUACACAUACUUCCUUUUUGAAGUGGGUGAUAAAUGUGCACCAAAGAUUACAUUAUGUGGCUGGGUGAACUUUUCUUUUUGGAGGAAAUGCGUCACUAAUUGGGGUGGCAGCAGGCAUUUAAUGAGUCAGCUGGGGUCCUAGGAACAGGCAUAUGUGCAGGCACCUUGGGUCCUGAGAGGUACCUUGGUCUGGUGUUGUUAGUAUUGUGCAUGUUAUCCCUAAUUUUGUGUAUUCUGUUCAGUUAGGCUCCGAGCUAUUUUUCGCCUUUUCUUGAGUGGGCCAUGCUAUCAGUCUAUAUCUCUGAGUGUAGCAUAUUUUAUCCUUCAUUGGUUUUAUUUGGUGAAUUGCUGAGUUUUCACUGUAUGAGCAUUACACAUGUAGAAUGUAAAGUAUUUAAAAUGUAUUUUUGUGCAUUUUUAGAUUGACAUAUAGUUGCUGUUUCUUUAUCACAAUUAUUGAAUGCUAUGUAUUUGUUAGUUUCCCUGACUAGAAGUCUCUCUCUCUCUCUCUCUCUCUCUCUCAGGAGCAGUGUGUACUGCAUGAAGGAUUUUAGUAUUUGUUUGUGUGCUACUGGGGAUUACAACUCCUGUGGCUCAAUUCGUCCAGAUAGCUAGUCUCUUCAUACCCCUUUUAUUGACCAACCAACCAACUGAAUUGAUACAAAUCCUUGGUCUUGAAGACAGAGCUCCCCUUUACUCUGAGAAUAAACCAAAGGGUGGUGUAGUCAUCAUUGAAAAUGGACAAUGAUGGCAAUGUUCUAAUUACUAAAAUUUAAAUUUGCUUGCAUGUAUUCUUUCUAUCAUUUGUACUUUGUAUGAAGUAAUAUUGAGCACUCAUACUUUGAGACUUUUGAAUAAAUUAAAUGAGUGGCAUCAAUGGCAUUAGUUUCUC